AUGACAGUCGUGCACCUUAGGGGACUGGUUUUUCCUCCGUCUGAAGAUGAUUUCCUGUCCUCUUGGUGGAAAAGAUUACCCCAAGUAGAAAGGUCGGUUCGGUUGAAUCAUAACUUAAUUAUGGAUUUCGCUGAAGAACUUAAUUUUUCAGGCUUACCCCGCCAAAACUCCGGCCAUGGAGGAGGAGGUCAUAUGACAAUGGGGUUGGUUUUUGGUGGUUGGUCAGGUGGUUCCAGUGCAUUGACUACCAUCAAGAAAGCUAAUUUCAGAACAUGGAUCAGCAAUGCUAGGAAUGCUAUUGUGAUCAUCUGGUGUGUCCAUUUUGAGCAUAAAAAGUAAGUGAUGAAGAAUCCUUGUACUAAUCGUCUUCUGGGCUGCGUGUUACGUGGUGGACCGUGGAGUCCGGUGGUCACCCAUAAAGCCGAAGCCAAACCCCAUCCACCAAAAACAUUUUCGCAAAAGAGUGAUUGGACAGAGUCAGAAACAUGGUUCUCUCGCCAUCUGUCGACGUUGAUUUGAUUAAAUUCUUGUCAGCUCUUGAUUGCUUGUUCGUUGUGCGUAGUUUGGAGUCUGGAUAGCAGUGAAAGACAGCAAUUGGCUUUGUUUGGAUGGAGGGAAACUCAUCUUCUAGUGGGUUCCACUUUUGGAUCUAUCUCAUUUCUGAGGGACCACACUUUGAGGAAAAUCUCUCUCUCUCUCUCUCUCAAGCUGUUGGGUUGGGAUUGAUUUUGAAGUAUUCAAUGGCCACUAAAGGGUAAAAACAGCUAAGGUUGGAAAAGGACACCAAACCCUUGUUUAAAUUGACUUUAUGGGUCUUUAAUUGCUUAAAAUAUAUGCUUAAUUUUAACUCUAUAUCACCAAUAUAAUCAGUUUGGUUGGUUUGAUUAUUAAAUAUUUGUUAUGGCUUUUUCUUGUCUUAUUGUCAAAUUUUCUAGUACAGAUUAUCAGCUGGUUUGGUGUUUGAAUAUGUUGUUUAGUGGGACAAUGUGAAGUCAUUAUCAUCGAACGGCGUUUGUU